UAAUCUACUUCUGUUUCCCUCUUCCUCGACCAGCUAGCCCUUCACGCCAGACCCCACCUCAGGCGCUCUCUGAACUCGCUAAAACCCUCCCCCUCAUCCUCCAUCCCCUGCCGGCGACACACUCACGGCGAACACCACGUCAGGCGGUGGUAGUGCAGAUCUUCGACGAACGGCGAAACUCCAACGGCCCGCGAUUCCCCGACACGAACUUCUUCUCCGGCGUCCGCCGAAUGUUGAGACAGGCUCUCGAUUAGCGGUACGUCGGGGAUCGUUUGGAGCUGCGCUGUGAUCGUUCAGGAAGGCUUAAUCGGGAUCGGUCUCGAGCUCUCUGUACUCAGGCGUGCCCGGUUCCGGCAUGAAUCGGCGGCUCACUGUCGGGCGAUUCGGUAGGUAGCCGGCGUAGGGGUAUUGGCCGAAGUUCACAGCGAUCCUUAUAACAAUGACAAAAUACUUUAUUUUCUGGGUUAUAUAUCUUUUGAUUUGGUAUUUUGUACGGGGGAAGAACUUUGUAUGAUUUCGACGGCCUUCCAUUCACCAAGUAAGAGAAUAGUGGAUCUCGAAUCCGUGGACGUUAUUUGGCAGCGGAAUAGUGCAGUGGAAAGACCAAAAGACUUCUGAAUUAAUACGAAGGCCCAAAUGAGCAGUUCGAGAGAGCAAUCUCCAGAUUGGAUGCGAUCUUUCCAAAUCUCUUGAACAACAGCAGAAACUUCAAAUUCACUUUCUUGCUUUUGGAAAGGCUGUUUUGUUGUGAGAGCUAUCUCAGUCAUUCUUUUGGAAAGCGUCGAAACAGGUACCAACUGGUGUUGCACUAUCCUCUAAUUCUGAAUCAUCAAAUAAUGUGAGCUCAUUUAUGGACAAUGCAAUUGAUCAAAAGGAUCUAUCUUCACAUAAAACCACACAAGACUUGGAUGGAGAUCAGAUACAAGGGGACCGUGGCCACCAUAAUCUGGUGAAGGAAAUGAAACUUGAGGAACACGCGGGACAUGGGGACUCAAAGCACUCAGUUUGGAUGUUAUCAUCAGAUUCGGAGUUGUGUUCUGAUAAUAGUCUUAUAAAGGAGGAUUAUAGUCAUCACGAAGAAUUAUUUGAAUCUAAAACAUCUCAAUUCCUAGGGAGACGGAAGGAUGAAAAUACAGAUCGAGAAUUCACUGAUGGAAAAUCUAAAUCAAGGAAAGUGUCAGAUAAAAAGUCUCCAAAAAAAGAGGUCAAAUCACAAGUUCGUACUUUGACAAAAGAGAAGAUAAUCAAUUUUCACACCAAUAAAGAAGGUUUUGUGUUAGAAGGAUCUGAAUGCUGUGUAAGAAAUGGUGGAGACGUGGAGAUUAUAGGAAAAGAUGCAUUGGAUGACUGCAACGGACCUCCUGUUUCCUCCUCAAGGUUGCCAUUGGUCCUCUCUGACAAAGUCCAUCGGUUGAAGGCACUUGUUGAGUGUGAAGGAACUUCAAUAGAUUUGAGUGGUGACGUGGGUGCUGUAGGACGAGUUGUAGUUUCAGAUUCCUCAUUUGCAAAAAAUGAACUUUGUCUAGAUUUGAAAGGUACAAUUUAUAGAGCGGCAAUAGUUCCUUCAAGGACAUUUUGCAUUGUUAGCUUUGGUCAAUCAGAGGCAAAGAUGGAGUGUAUCAUGAAUGACUUUAUACAGUUGAAGGCAGAAUCCAAUAUUGAUGAGGCUGAAACUAUGGUUGAAGGAACAUUGGAUGGCUUCUCAUUUGAUUCCGAAGAUGAGGCUGAGAAAAUAACUAAAGUUUCUUCCUCUCCAACCGACCAAAAUGAGGCAGUAGAAGGGCUCAGCAAAAAAUCAAAAAAUAAAGCUGAGAAAUCAUCAGGGCGGAAGCGCGUUAGAACUGGAGGAAAGCUGCAGGCACCAAAGAAAGCAAGGAAGAAAGUUCAAGGUUUUAAAACUAAAAAUGGCAAGAGCAAGAAAUGAAGCUUGAAAUCUCUACUGUAUAAGCUUUUAAUCCAAGGUGGUUGAAUAGUUGUUUCUCAUGGCCCCUAGGAGGGCAGAGUCAGAAUGCAAGAGGUGAGGCAAAACGAACGAGAUGCUUCAACCAACAGGGCUUGAAACAUGGGGAUUUUUUUGUUUUUGUUUUUUGAGUACAACAUGUGGGUAGGGGUGGGGGAUUCUUGAUUGGAGAUAUAUGUCAAUUACUAUUGAGUUAUGUUUGCUUUGGUGAAAUAUGAGAUUUUUUGCGUGAAACGUAGGAUCUUUUCUCCCCUUUUAUCUCUGACACGAAGUUGAAUAGUUUAAUGAAUGUCGUUUUUGCUGUGAA